AUGGUAUCGAUAAUCAUGAAUUCUGAGCUCUACUUAGCUGUGACAGGUUUUCUUAUUUUAGAAGGGGACAAUCUUAACAAACUGGUUCCAAAUGUAGAAAUUCACAUGGGACAGUUAACCAUUGGUGGGACAUCAUUGUUUACUAUGGUUACUUGUCUUGUUAUUUUGCCUACUGUUUUGCUUGAGGAUAUAAGUUUGUUGUCUUAUGUUUCUGCUGGUGGUGCUUUGGCUUCUUCGGUUUUCAUUGUUUCGUUGUUGUGGAAUGGUGCAAUUGAUGGAACUGGGUUUCAUGGAAAAGGAAGGGUUUUCAAUUGGAGUGGAAUUCCUUCUGCUGUUAGUUUGUAUGCUUUUUGUUAUAGUGCUCAUCCUGUGCUUCCUACUCUCUACAAUUCUAUGAAGAACAAAACUCAUUUCUCUCGGGUCCUAAUUAUAAGCUUUUCAGCAUGCACGUUUGGUUAUGCAGCGGCAGCGAUUCUCGGCUACUUAAUGUUCGGACAAGAAGUCGAAUCACAAGUAACUCUAAAUCUCCAAACAGGAAAGUUAAGUUCAAGAGUAGCAAUAUACACAACCUUAGUAAAUCCAAUAGCAAAAUAUGCAUUAAUGCUUACACCAGUGAUAAAUGCAAUAAAAGCAAAGGUUUCAUGCAACAAAAGGGUCACACAUAUGAUUAUUAGUACAUCUUUACUAGUAGGUUCUCUUGGUAUAGCAGUGACAAUUCCUUUAUUUGGAUACCUUAUGUCACUUGUUGGAGCAUUGUUAAGUGUCUCAGCUUCAAUUUUAGUGCCAUCCAUAUGUUACUUGAAGAUUUCAGGAGCUUACAAGAGAUUUGGGAGUGGAAUGGUUAUUAAUUAUUCCAUAAUUGUUAUGGGAGUUGCUAUUGCUGUUUUUGGUACAUAUAGAUCUCUUGUGGAUAUUAUUCAAAACUUGUAA